CGAUUAGAAGGCGUACCAACGAAGAAGAAAUUGAACCACGGAGCGCCAAGCGUAAGGGAAAACAGAACAAGUGAACUGGUUGCUGACUGCAACUGUCUCCUAUGUCCAUUUCUUUUUGUCAGAAGAAAAUGAGUGACCUGGAGAGUAUCAGCCACCAUAUUGAUGACCAGAUUUCAUCUGUCCAGCGCAUGUUGGAUUUGUCACUUGCAGAUGUAUGCCCAGAUAAGAGGAAAAAACUUAACCGAGAACUUGAUGCACUUGAGAGACUUCUGGUGGAGUUUGAAAAAAGUGUUGGCCAACAAAAAGACCAGCUCAGUCACUUAAAGGCUCUUGAAGAGUUAACAGGAAAUAAUUUGGAGAGUCUCCAACAUCUUAAGGACAACGUACCUGCUCAUUUGCCUCAAAAAUGUCCCCAAAAAGAAAAUGAGCAGAUAAUGAAACAAAACCAAGAGCCAGAGGUGGAAUCCAGCCAGCAGGAAAUUAAAAGUAAACUCAAGAGCCAUGUCAAAGAAAUACCGUUCAUCACUCUCGCAGAGUUUGAAGUUAUCCCCUCGUAUAUGAAGGGACGGGUGCCAUAUGAUCAAAUCAACAAAGCAGUGCAGAACAUUAAUGCAACUGCAGCAGCAAAAUAUAAAAUUGUUCACCAGCCUGUGAAAACUUUAAACAACCAUGCACGCAAGUUGUACCAGCGCUUCAAGGAUCAAGAGACAAAAGAGACCAAAGGUCAAUAUUUCGUGGUGGAAGAUGAUUUUCGCGAAUUCACUCAGAUGAAGGUGGAUAAACGACUUCAUGGAAUUCUGAAUAUGUUGCGACACUGCCAACGCCUGCAAGAGAUGCGAGGAGGAGGGCUUACCCGUUACAUCAUAUUAUGAAUGAACGACUCCCUCCCCUAAUAACAUUGGUGCCAAAUAGUUUGCCAAUCAAGCCAUCACCUGGCUGAGUAGGUACGAUUACAAUAAACAGCAGUUUGGCAAAUAGUAAAUAAUUUUUCAGAAAAGAUGCUACAAGAUAUUAAAUGCCUCUC